UGCGCGCGCAUGUGACCAUCGUGUGCGCGAGUCCUCCUCUCCUCUCCUGACUUCAAACUUUGCUGCAAAGAGCAAGCAGACGCGUGUGCGUUUUUUGUUUUAUUUUUUGUUUUUUUUUCCUGCAUCGCUUACGAAAAGUUGCGUUUUUAUUUUGGUUCACCCACCCAAACCCCCCCGCCCCUUCCCCUAGUAUUGCCAACCCCCAAUAUGGAAAGCGCCGGUCCGGCUGAGAUGUUCCAAGAGAAGCUGGAAGACGCGCCUCCGGCCGCCGGCAACGCUUCGUCGCGGAGCCGCAACGUGACCCUCGGGGACGGGGAUGAAGGCUGGGAGCAGGAGGGCUUGUCGCCCGUCAUCCCCAUCAUCACCGCCGUCUACUCGCUCGUCUUCGUGGUGGGAUUGCUGGGCAACUGCCUGGUCAUGUAUGUCAUCGUCAGGUACACCAAGAUGAAGACGGCCACCAACAUCUACAUCUUUAAUCUGGCCCUGGCCGACGCUCUGGUCACCACCGCCAUGCCCUUCCAGAGCACCGACUACCUACUCAACACGUGGCCGUUCGGCCAGGUGGUGUGCAAGGUCUUCAUCGCCAUCGACUACUACAACAUGUUCACCAGUAUCUUCACGCUCACUAUGAUGAGCGUGGACCGCUACGUGGCGGUGUGCCACCCGGUCAAGGCCCUCGACUUCCGAACGCCCGUCAAGGCCAAGGUGAUCAACGUGUGCAUCUGGAUCCUGUCCUCGGCCGCCGGCAUUCCCGCUUUUGUCCUGGGCGGAACGCAGACAAACCUCGGCAUCACGGAGUGCGCCUUACAGUUCCCCGAGCCAUACGUGUACUGGGACACCCUGAUGAAGAUGUGCGUGUUCGUGGUCGCCUUUGUGGUCCCGGUUCUGAUCAUCACUGUGUGCUACUCCCUGAUGCUCCUCCGUCUCAAGAGCGUCCGCAUGCUGUCUGGCUCGCGGGUGAAGGACCGAAACUUGCGGCGCAUCACCCGCCUGGUGGUGGUGGUGGUGGCCGUCUUCGUGGUGUGCUGGACCCCCAUCCACAUCUUCAUCCUGGUCAAGGCGCUGGCCAUCGUGCCCGAGACCACUGCCAUCAUGGCCGCCUACUUCUUCUGUGUGGCUCUAGGCUACACCAACAGCAGCCUCAACCCCAUCCUCUACGCCUUCCUGGACGAAAACUUCAAGCGCUGUUUCAAGGAUUUCUGCGUCUCAGCCAGGCUGAGACGGGAGAAGGCGUCCGGGAGCAGGAAGGCAGCCUUGGAGGCCGCGCGGGAGGCUGCCGUGCCGCUGCGGAACCCGGAUGUAAACAGUAAGCCCACAUGACUAGCGGUGGAACUGUCUUCUGUUUCCCACGGUGGAAAAGAAGACUCCCGGAACUUAGGGCUCACCCACGUCACUACCGCAAUGUAGACUGUCAUGGUGACCUGGUGGACAUUGCUUUAAGGUGUGGAGUUAGCAGGGACUCGGAUGAUUUGGUUCACUGACUCGAGUUGGCGGACUCACCUGAAACGCGCAGCAGACUCAGAUAUAUCGACUGAGACAAGUUAACGGACUCACCACAAAGACUCUUGACUCAGACUCAGUCCACAGUGUUUCCGGUAUGUCCGCUAGCUGCACUCAGUGAACCUAAUCAUCGGAUUCACCGGAAAGAGCGCGGAUUCAGAGUAUUUGGACAAGUGAUUUGAGUGAGCUGGGACUCAUAUGAUUUGCUUCACUUAUUGAAGCCAAGAGACUCACAGGGAAAAAAGGAACUCAGAUGUUUUGGUUACUGAUAUUGAAUUAGCAGAAUCACAAGAAUCACUCUCGGCCGCCUACUUCUUCUACAUGGCUCUGGGCUACUACACUAACAGUAACCUCAACCCUGUCCUGUGCGAGAAUUUCAAGAACUGUUUCAAGCCUCUCGGCUAGGCUGAAGCAGGAGAAGGUGUCCGGGAGCAGGAAGGCGGUGCUGCAGGCCGUGCCUCUGCGGAACUCAGAUGAAAAGAGAAAGCCCACAUGACUAGCGGUGGAACUGUCCUCGUUUCCUACAGUGGAAAAGAAGAAUCCAGAGACUUGGGCUGCACUUACAUCCAAUAUCAUCAUCGCUGGUGAAGAGGCGGACAUUGGUUGGCGAUGCGCCAACAUUUAACGCUUUUCGCGGAUUAGGUCUUUUCAAGACUGAAAGCUUCAGCCGAUCCUAUUUGUCAAGGGCUACAAAAAAUUGAAAUUCCGGUGGGGUCCGCCGUUUUACGAAUUGCACAAAUGCCACUUCAUUCUUGUCAUAUUACGCCUUUAUUCUUUCCCAAAAUAUGAUGAUAUUCUUGACAAAAUAUCCCUUAUGCCCUCGAAAACCUCAACUUUAUUCGUGAAGGGAUGUCAAGUCAUUUGUGUGAUAUGUCACAGUCAUUCCAGCUUUUAACUGGUAAACGGUUUGCUUUAUUGGCGCAUCGAUCCCCAUAUGUAGGUACAGUAUGUACUAAUUAUUGCUAAUUAUUUUGUGGACCCCUUAAGCUACGGCUCACGGACAUCCCGGCGGCUGGGGCCCCUAGUUUGAGAGCGACUGGUUCAGUGUAUGUAUUUUGACCAGAUGUGCCUUUAACCUCACAGUCCAGGAGUCGAACACAACAACGUAUGAAAAGUUAGCAUGAUUUGCAUGAAAACAGGUAAGAAUAUUUUUGGGACAAGAGAAAUGUUGACAUACAAAAACAGGAAUCCCGGGAGCGGGUUAGAAAUUUGACGGAGGGCUUAUCGUCAUCCACAUUGAUGACUUCACAGUGAAUAAUCCUGUCACGUGUGCCGUGCAUGGCGAUAUUAUAAUCCCAUUGAGACGCUCAGACAUUACAAGGCGUUCACAUUAUGAAACAUUAUGUACAGUGUCACCGUAACAUGAUUGUAUUUUGUUUAGACAUACACUGUUGUUGUAGCAUGCCAACCAGCGGCCUAUAUGCUCGGUAGACGGUGCUGUUUUAAAUGAUAUUGAAUGUACUGCAAGUUAAUGGUAUUCCAUGAGCAAAUGUCCCCGUUUCGCAACUAUUUUUAUCCUUCCUGGCAACAAAAAUAACUUGAAAGUAAUAUAAUUCCAAGAAAGUAAGGUUAUUUGGGGAUAUGGUCUCCUCUGUUAUCUUGCCAUUGUCAUUCAUCGGCAGCUGUAUAUUGGCUUUGUCUAUAAAACACACAUUAAAAACAUUUUAAAUGGGACAUCUUUUUUUUUUUUUUAUGUUAGUAUAUAAAUCGUGUUGUCUCUGGAAUGCCUGCCCA